AUGGUUAGACUAAUCCCUAUUACAUGCUUAUUAGGUUUUGCGGAAUCAGCAUUAUUCACUCCAUAUUUUGGUGAUAAUAAACUUGAAACUGACAAUGAAAGAAUUCAAGAUGAUAGAAUUAACAAAAGAGAAUCCUUAAUAAAGACAAAAAUGAAUAAUAUCACCUUAUACAGCUAUUUUGCAACCUCUACUCCAUUAUGUAACUCAGAAAGUUAUUUGAAUUUCAAAAACCUUUGUGACACCAAUCCUUACAUCUUGAAUUACAAUGAAACAUUGUAUGAAUCCUUUAAUGAAAACCUUGAAAAUUUGACACAAGAAUUGCGAAUUUUCCAAGAAAUCACUUCCUCUAAUUUGACUAGCAUUGAUUUGGCUUUCAAUAACCAAUCAGCACAUAACAUCUUUGAUUACCCAAGCUUUGAUUCUCCUAAAGUUAAAUAUCCUUUUGAGAAACACAAUAGCCUUUCUCCACAAAAACAAGAGUCCGAAAUUUUCAAACAAAGGUUUCCCGAAAGAGUUAAGAACUUAAAUACAGAUAGUUUUCCAAAUGAAACAAUUAGUGAUGAUGAUAAAUACUAUGAUAAUACUGAUAUUCUGGAUUCAAACUAUACUAAUUUGAAUGGAAAUUAUAACGACAGCUACACCUCUAAUGAAGAUGAGUACGAAUCAGGAGCAGCGAUCAUUAGUUCUGUGUUUGGUAUUCUUGCGGUUUUUAUUUUGAUAUUUGGUUCUAUUUAA